AUGAAAUUCCCCAAAUACAAUGAAAACCCAAUAUUGAACCAUUCAAACAUUACUAGAUUUCGAAAAUCGGGUCUUAUCUUAGUUGUGUGGGUUUCACAUUACCUGGGUAGGAUCCUGAGUUCGAUUCUCGAUCACUUUGCCUUACCCUUCGACUCAGCCUACCAUCAAUCCCCAAUUAGGAACCGCUAUUAUUCUCCAACUCUUAAUCUAAUUAGUGAACUCCUUAUCAUAAGUAUUAAGAAAAAUACUUCCAGAAAGAGGGAAAAGGAAAAGAGGAGGAAGAGGGAUGAGUCAUCUGAUGAUGAGGAACGUCAGAAACAAAAGAGUCGGAAGGAGAGGAGGAGGAGGAGGAAGGAUGAGUCAUCUGAUGAUGAGGAACAUCAGAAAAGAAAGAGUCGGAAGGAGAAGAAGAGGAGAAGGAGGAGGAGCAACUAUCGACAUGCAGAUGAUUCAGAUGAAUCCCCAAGGCGGCAUAAGAGAAAGAGCAGGAGGGCCAGAUCACCUUCUGAUACUGAUGUCAGUGACUCUGAUGAUUCCAGAGUUUUUUUUUAUAAAUUCAUCCUUCAGGUCAUAGCUGUCUGGCUUCUAUGA